AUGAUAGAUAACCCAGACGAAUCAUAUCUGUCCAUCCGCCCACAGAUGGCCACGUUACGCUUGCUCCCAUGGAAAACCUCGCUCAUCACGUCCGAAGUCGCCCUGCGACAGAGCAUAGAGGAUCUUGGACCAAAUCAUCUACUUUCGCGUUCCGAACGGAGGUUUGAAGCGGCAGUAACAGUGUGGCACCUAGGUGGCGAUUACAAGGACCCUGAAGAUCUACACGGGCCUCUCGAUAUGGUACCAAUCCUCUUACAUCGCCAUGCGCAAAAGCUUGACACUUCUGUGAGCCCCGAUAUGUUGCAAAGUCGUCCGGAGAACCUUUCGAUGUGGGUCGAGCUCCGGUUCGGGAGUUUUCAAUCAACAGAUCCUGCUACCAAUCAUAACUGGACGGCUUUUGAUCAAAUGCUCCGACUGUUCCUCGAAUACAAGCUAGUGGACAUCCUGGCCCAUAUCGCGGGAAUCAACGGUACCGAGCCACCAACGGUUCUGGCGAGCCCCACUUGGCUGAGAACGCUCAAGAAUGACUCUACAGGACGUAAGCUCUCUGAAAUGCGCGAGAAGAAAGAAGGGAUCAUCGAGCCCUCUGUACCACGGCCUGACGCUUGGCAAACAUAUGGUGAUCCGAAAAGCAUCCUUCGUAGCGAAGUCGGGUUGUUGUGCAAUGCGUGUAAUCGCGACGGGCGAACAUUGCAAUGCACAGCGAUCACAAAUUUAGAGCUAGCCGCCUUUGCCAUCUCCGUCAUGCAAAACUCCGACGCCACAUCGAAGAUCCCUACAAUCGAAGAGUAUAAGGCUCGUCUAAUAGCCAAGUGCGCGGAGCACCGCCUACUGAGCGAGGAAACCAUCAUGGCCUCGAUCGGCGCCGCACUUGGGAACACUGAUAAGCCUCGAUUUCUAUCACACAUGGAGGAUUUGAUUUGGGAGGCCGUUCUGAAUGUUGGUCAUGGGAGGGAUGCUUCGAGGGAGUUUGAGAGUCUCUGUCGCUACUGGAACUCUCCCGAGGCUAAAUUGAAACGGCAAGCAGAGGCCCCUGCGCUUUCUCAUUGGUUCCAUGCUUCUAAGGUAGAGACGAGACAUAUUUCACGGCACUUCAUGAAACCCAGAAUAUCACCAACACCAUCACCAUACGGCCUGUUGGGACCCGAAGACACCAAAAAUGAUCACACCGACAGGCCCCUCAGUUUUUGCACCACAUCUUUGCCAGGCAAGUCACAAAGAAAGGACUUGUUUGUUGAAGGGUACCCUAUUAAUUGUGUACAGGCCACCCUUCCGAUGAACACGACGGUCAAUCGUCAGGAAAUGCAGAAAGUACCGAUUCAAGGACGUACUUCUUCACCCCGUUACGAAACAAGAGCACUCGCAGUUCAGACCGACUCAGAAAUUGUGUUCACUCCUACACGCCAUCACCACCGUGCAACGAGACUCAAGAUGCGGCUCCAUAAGGCUAGACCCACUAACCGUUCACGCUGUACCACGACCACUACAUCUCCACCUCAACGCCUCAAGCCUUACCUACUACCACACAAGACCGAAUCAGUCAUCUGUAUUCAGAGUCAAAUGGUUCGCGAGCAGCCACAGGUCAUACAAGAUAUAUUUCGAGACCGUCACAUCUUGGUCUACGGGUGUGACUCGAUCGAAGAUUAUGAUCGGUUGGAGAACGAUACGUACCAUAGGGACAUCGAACACCCCGCCAUAGAAGGUCAAGGGUCAUAUGUUAUGAACGUUGCGGGCGAAGGGCUACGCGCUGGCAUGUCCGACUUCCGACCCAUUGAACACAAACAGACCUCGACUUCACUAGGGGAUCGUCCAUUCCAGCCGGACGGUAUACCAGGAAUGCGUGCGCUCGCCCACGAUAUACCAGCCAUGGAUCUGUAUGCCUCUACGUACGGGAUCCUCACCGAAGCAGACCAAACCCACGAUGAUUCCCCGUCGCCGUUGUCCACAGAAACUGUCACAGUAGAUUCCGGCCCCUCAAUGCAGGUGGAGACGGCUGGUCUCGCCGCCGUGGUUUAUGUAUUGGAAGGCGAGAAGUACCUAGUCGUUGGCGAGCCUCUCCCUGCAUACGUUGGCCACCUGAAUCCCGCGUCAUGUUGUGCUUUCCAACACUUCGACGAAUUCAAAGUUGACGCACGGUUUCGCUGGGAAGGGUUGUCCCUUUGCAAAGGGACUAUAUUAUUUUACUCCAAGACCACGCUCGAAAUCAGCUGCUACGGUGUCAUCCACUCCUUGUUAGGCAGCCGCACAAUGGAUAGUGCUGUGCAUGACCACAUUAUCCCCUAUCUGACGAGCUUCAUCGAUUGGAUUCCUAAUGGGCCACAGAACCACAAAGCUGAAUAUGUGGAAUAUUCCAAACGCAACCCCGGUCGUCAUCUCCUCCUUGGCGCCGUCUCCGUGUUCGCCUUUGCUUUGCGUCCACGUACAUAUCGAGACGAAUGUGGUGAUAUAUUGCCGUUGUCCGCUAUUCACAACGCCGACCUGUUAUGCCCAUCCGAUCAAGCACGCUGUUUCACUGCAGCCCGCUUUGCCUUCGUACGGUGGAUCCUCGCCCAAGCAGCCGAGUAUGAUCUCUCCAUCGGGUAUGAAUAUGGUGAAGUUCCCGUCGCACCUUACUCGUCCGACGAGGAUGAAGAUUAUGGGAAUUCCACCCACGAACGAAAAUACGAUCCUGUAUGGAUUUCCUCACGCUAUCGUGCGGUCUUUUGCCAGCUUGUACAGUUUGCGCGUGGCAUUGUGGCCGCGCACGUCCGCCGUCACAGGCGCCCCAACCUUCGCCCAAUUCCACUGGCGCUCCUUAUCGAUCGUUUGACGCUGGACUUCGGACAGUUCUUCGGUCAUCGAGCAGAGGAAUACCUUCGCCAUCAGCUUCAUGAGGCAGAGGGACGCCUCAACCACAGCACCGACGACAAAGACCUUCGUCACUUUCUCCUGAAGACCAUGAUAGCAUACAGGGAGCCUUUAACAUCAUGGAACCCCCCGCCAAUCCAAGUGGGACAGGACAGGGACGGACCCUCCAGUCCUGCUCCCUGGGAUUCCUCUCCUACUGCAUUUCUAGACGGGCUACGUGGUAACGAGGACGUGCGAAGCGGCCGUUGUCUUUUCGACAUGGCAAGGUGGUACGCGUGGCGUGAUAUCCGAGAGUCGUUACUGCCGAUUCUGCAGAUUAAUGACCGUACCAAGGGUUUCUUGGCUCGACAUGAGAUGGUUCACCUGUACGAUAUCAUUCGCGGGCAGCGGACACGUAGCUGGAGUGGACAUUGGAGUAAGACUUACCUUAAUGCUACCGAGCCGCUAGUAACCCAUCUCAUUGUCAAGAUUGCGUUGGAAGAAGCUUCAUCCUCCAAGUUAUGCGAUAUCUCUGUGCACCCUAUAUCCGCAUGGGAUGAUUUUCUCGCUAUGUUCCCCUCUCUGGCUGGCCGUGCUUCCUCCAUGCAGUACUUCAGGCGCAUGGAGCACGACAAACAGCUCAAGAGUGUUCAAGGUGGACUCCGCAAAGUACUGGGCACCGUCACCGUUGUACUCAAAGCAGCACACUCCUCUGCCAUUGUGAUGUAUGAGUCACUAUUUCGCCAAGCGCUUCCUCGUAUGCCCCACCAGUCUUCGAUAUUCAUGCAACCCAAUCCUUCCGAGGGCGAAUGGCGUGAUGCACUUAAAGCUAUGGUUCACAACUUUGGCCAUUACCCGUGGCCUCGAACGCCGCCGCUUGGAGGUUGGGAGUGUGUAGAAGACUCGUGGGAUGCGAAGGAGAAGAGAUGGAUCAAGAAGCCGGUGCCGGUGUUGGACCAGCUUCGCCACUCUUACCUUCCUGGCACAGUCGGGUCUGCAUUAGUGUUAAUGCCACAACAAAAGCGCGAGGAGGUCCUUGGCAUUGCCGCAAUCAAUCCCGCCGUCCGCGAGGAGGCCUUCUGGAUGUCUCUACUUCCAUUAAUGAGUAUCUAUGUAAACGACACGUCUUCAGCCUGUACCAGCUUCAAACAUCCAUGGGACGAUUGGUUAUGCUUGGGUUAUGGACAGAAGUGGCUCAAGUUGAGUUCAAGCACAGUUCGUGUUUUCCGAUCCUUCUCCGAUGUACGGGACGGCCUCCACGGGAUACAGGUUUCUACCCGUCUACCCCCCAUCCCCCUUCCGAGCGACCGCGACGGCUAUGAGACGACUAACGGCCGUUCACUGAAGCAGGAGAAGAAUGACUGGGUAGACAAAUAA